AUGCUUCACUUGGCAGAACAACUUCUUCCCUCACGCAAAAGAAAGCUGCGCUAUACCCGCACCAGAACAGGAUGUCUCACAUGCCGUCGGCGCCGGAAGAAGUGCAACGAAGAGAAGCCUCUCUGCAUCGGCUGUAGUAGAAACUUCCUGGCAUGCCUCUGGCCAGAUGAAACAUCGCCAGAUGAAACAUCGCCAGAUGCUCCGGACGUGGAAAUUGAUGGGGGUCUUGUCACAGAAACCUGGAAUAGCACUCAGGUUCCUUACAAGGGCAUGUUGUUGUUGGCGUCAGACGGUGUGGAUGCCUCUGAUUCAGAUUCGCGAACUCUGCCUGCAGCAUCCAUAUCAGACGCAACGGGGUCCGAACUGUUCCAGGACAGCAAAGACAGUAUGAUCCCACGUGCUGUCGGCCGGCGAGACAUUUCGGCGCCUGUCGAAGAAAGCUUGCCGAUUGUCACUUCAGCACCAUAUCUGAAGGUGACUUCUCCUCAGCUUCUCCGCCACUACAUUGAGAGGACUGCAGACUUUUUAGCCGUCAAGCAAUUGCGAGAUAAUCCUUUUGUGACACUCAUUCUACCGCUGGCAUACUGCGAUGAGCUCCUUAUGCACUCUGUUCUCGCCCUAAGCGGGAGUCAUCUUUGCGGCAAACAACCGUCCCUAAUCGAAAUACAACGAACAACUUGGCAACAUUAUGACAUGGCAAUAACGGGUCUACGAUCAGAACUGCAGUGUCCGACCGCAAUAUCAGCUUCACGGAGCCUACGCCUGCUGUUAGUCUUGAUGAUUCUCUGUCAUUUUGAGGCCAUCUCCGGAAACCGUGAGGGGUCGAUGAUCUAUCAUCUACGUGCAAGUCGUCAUCUUGUUCUCCGUAUCACCGAUUCCAGCAUUGAAAAGGAAUGCAAAGACGAGAAAGACUUGCGAGGCUUCGCGUUCGAAAUAUACGCAUACUUAUCGUUGAUAGCUAACCAGUCAGAAAGCCUCAAAGUCCCAUUUGACUCAUUCCUCACAUCUUUGUCACAUCUCCAACAGUAUGACACCUUCGGCACUUUCUUCAGUUGCGGAUACGAGCUCUUCGAGAAAAUUCCAGCCAUUUCACUCCUUUUUACGAGACGUCUAUGCGAUGAACAAGAACAUAGGGACUGCUCAGAAGAAAGUAUUUCGAUCUACAGGAAGUUACUCGCCGACAUUCAGAAGUGGGAAUCACCUCCUCCAGACCCUGAAAUGUCCGCCUGGGCAGCUGAGCACUCCCGAGCAGGCGAACUCUAUCGCCAUGCUCUUCUCAUCUACCUCAAGGCAGCUAUGUGCGGCUCUUCCAUCGACAAUCCUAAGAUCAUUGGGGAGCUUCAGGUACAUGUCGAUAUUAUUCUGCCGCUACUGGACUCGAUAUGGCAUUCUCCCUACAAAGCAAUCGUAAUCUGGCCCAGUGUCAUUGCUGGAUCGUGCAUCCUGAGGGACGACCAGCAGGAUUAUCUGCGAUCACUUUUUGCGUUCUCCAGCUCUGGAAUGGCUCAUGUCAAACACGCACAAGAGCUGCUCGACUGGUUGUGGACAGACCCUGACAAACGUGCCUAUGGGCCAUUUGGCUUGCAUUUUGUCAUGCAACAACGAGGAGUCAAUUUUUGCCUGGCUUAG